GCCACGCCGGCAGAGCCAGUUGCCUUUGACACCGAAUCACGCUUUAAGGAGAAACCCUGGGAGUAUCUGGAGACAGAAGAGUACAUCGAGAGAUACGGCGAGAAGCCCGUCUGGUUCGGCUAUCGGCGCAACCACAAGGGAGCCAUCCCCCCGCAGAAGACCAGCAAGACCUGCAUAAGAGGAAAGAAGAUUGCGGGGAAUCCCUGUCCCGUUUGCCGAGACCAGAAACUUCACUUGGACUACAGGAACGUGAAGCUCCUGGAACAGUUCAUCUGCUCCCACACAGGCGUCACCUUCCACCCCACACAUACAGGUGUCUGCAUGAAGCAGUAUAAACGCUUGACCCAGGCGAUUGACAAAGCUCGUGACCAUGGGCUCCUGAGCUUCCGCAUCCCCUGGGUGACACUGCAGGAUGAGGACUACAGCAACCAGCACCAGGCUGUGGCCAAGACGCCCCCCGCCCCCAGCCUGCAGAGCCAGGCACCCUGGUACUCCUGGUACGAAUGGCAGCAGCCACCCGAAAAGGACAUCGCCAGGAUCCGCAAGAUUUACAAGAACUAUCUGAAGGAGGAGACUGGCCCCGCUUGAAGGCCCAGGGCAGGACUGGAUGGAGUGUGCUGGGGCUUGGUGUGGGGGUAUGUCACUCCUGAGGGAGCUUGAGCCUUUGGCCUGACCCCCACAGGGAUAGCUCCGCAGUGGCCCAGACCUGUCCAAGCUUUCAAUGAGAAAUAAACUGGACUAUUCCAGGA